CAUCUCCUAAGUCCUUUAGGAUAUUGCAGGUAUAAUGCUGUUUUUAGCUGCUGUUACCAUGGAUGUAUAUACUUUUGUAACCAGUACUCUGUGCACUCUGAUUUUACCAGUGCUCCUGGUGAUCAGUGCUGUCAAACUCUGGAACCUGUACUGUGUGAGCCUGAGGGAUUGGAGCUGUGAUGCCCCUUUACCGCCUGGUACUAUGGGGCUCCCCUUCUUUGGAGAAACGAUGCAAAUGUUACUUUAUAGAAAAAAGUUUCUUCAAGCAAAGAGGAGACAGUAUGGCAGCAUUUACAAAACCCAUCUGUUUGGGAACCCCACGGUGCGGGUUAUGGGUGCGGAUAAUGUGCGUCAGAUUCUGCUGGGGGAGCACCGGCUGGUGUCUGUGCAGUGGCCGGCGUCAGUCCGCACCAUCCUAGGGUCUCAGUGCCUAUCCAACCUCCAUAACGCCGAGCACAAGGAAAUGAAAAAGGUUAUGAUGCAGGCUUUCUCCCGGGAGGCUCUGGACACCUAUGUGCCGGUGAUGGAGGAGGAGGUGAGGAGGGCCGUGAAGAGCUGGCUGGAGAACGGCUCCAACGUGUUGAUGUACCCGGCCAUCAAACGGCUCAUGUUCCGGAUUGCCAUGAGGGUCUUACUGGGCUUCGAGACCUGGGAGAUGGAGAACACCCUGGACCAGCCCAUGGUCGAUGCCUUCGAGGAAAUGAUCAAGAAUCUCUUCUCUCUACCCAUUGACAUUCCCUUUAGCGGCCUCUACAGGGGACUACGGGCUAGAAAUAGAAUUCAUGCCAUAAUUGAACAGAAUAUCAAAGAAAAACUGGAAAAGGAGCCCGAACGCUCUUGGAAGGAUGCGCUACAGCUGCUGAUAGAUCAUAGCAAGAAGAAUGAUAAAACUGUGGACUUGCAGGCAUUAAAGGAAUCUGCAACAGAACUCUUGUUCGGAGGGCAUGGGACGACUGCUAGCGCUGCCACUUCCAUAGUCACCUUCUUGGCUGCUCACACUGAGGUUCUUCAAAAAGUCCGAAAGGAACUUGAAUUAAAUAAUCUUUUGUCCACCAAACCAGAAGAUCAGAAGGAUUUGACCAUCGAAAUAUUGCAAAAGCUCGAAUACGCUGGCUGUGUCCUGAAAGAGACCCUUCGACUCAAUCCACCAGUUCCAGGAGGCUUCAGAGUUGCUCUGAAGACCUUCACAUUGAAUGGCUUUCAGAUUCCCAAAGGUUGGAAUGUCCUCUACAGCAUAGCGGACACUCAUGAUGUAGCGGACAUCUUCCCGGACAAAGAACAGUUCAAUCCAGAUCGGUUUUUAACACCUUUCCCACAAGACGCCAGCAGGUUCAAUUACAUCCCAUUUGGAGGGGGUGUGCGUACCUGUGUGGGCAAAGAGUUUGCCAAAAUCCUCCUGAAAAUCUUCAUUGUUGAACUGUGUCGAAAUUGUGACUGGGAGCUUAUAAAUGGGACACCUGACAUCAAAACUGCACCCAUUGUCAGCCCUGUGGACAAUCUGCCUACUCGAUUUAAGCCUUUUAACGGAGCAAUUUAAAUAUAGUUGGCUAUGUAAAAAUCAUAUAUAUAGAGAGUCUUUUUAUAUCAUCAUCAUUUUAUAUUUAACUUGUACAGUGCUGUAUUUUAAUUUGUAUUAUAUUGUAAAUUUUAUUUUUCCCUUUUAAUGUAAAGUGACUUUGAGCAUGAAGCCUGGACCAAACCAUUAUUAAUGUAGAAAUAUUGUAUUUAAUGCUCUUUUGGACUGGUGUCAUGGUGCCUGGAAAGUCGUUGUAUAUACCGUAUACAUGUACAUAUUAUUUUACUUGUGUCAUAAUAAAGAUUUAA